GUGGAGGAGGAAGAGGUGGUGGAGGAGGAGGCCUUGCAAGCGUACCGCAACGUAACCGCAGGCAUAGCAGCUAACCCUCUCCAGCUGACAGCUAAAUAAAGCUAAGCUAGUUUCGAGUGUAAACGACGUUAACCAGCUAGUGUUCAGUUCACCAUGAGUGCCUUAAAAUCAGCUUCGUGGCUGUUUUGCUUGUGUUGUUAUUUACUGGCUUUAACCGAAGGAACUGUUGGACAAGAACAAGGUCCAGGUGUCAAAGUGGUCGUGAAAGAAGACAGUGACGCUGUUUUACCCUGUUUGAUCAGCACCAAGGAGAACAUCAUACGAGAACUCUUUGACUGGAAGAAAGAUGGUCAGAAGAAGAAGGAGGUGUUCCUGUAUGAUGCAGGAAUUCAUUACAAUAACGGCCGUCAAGGUCAAGAUGAGCAGUUCAGAGGUCGAGUCUCACAUUUUCAAGAUCAACUGGAGUAUGGCAACGCCUCCAUAAAGAUCCAGAAUGUGAAGGUGACAGACAGCGGGAUCUACAGCUGUGAUUUUCCACGUCUUCAGCCGAGUCAGACCUUCUACACUGAGCUUGUUGUUGAACGGCUCUUGAAAGACCGAUCAGGAGAAACCACAGGUGCAUCAAAGCCCUUCACCACAAUACUUGAUGCCACAAAGGGUCGGUUUCUGCUGCAGUGUGAAGUUGGAGGAGCUUCUCCAGAACCUACAGUGGAGUGGAAGGACAGCGCUGGAAACAUCCUUCCUGCUGAGGAGCCUCAGGUCUCAGAGAGUGGAGGACGUUACGACGUUACCAUCAAGACCAGUGUGACCAAGACUGGACGCUACCGCUGUGAAGUCACCCAGGAGGAAAUUAGCCAUCAGACUUUCGCUGAGACUGUCGUGUUUAUCAGUGAGAAACUCUGUGAGGACCAAACCACCAGAGUGGCUGUUGGAUGGCUGUUUGGUGGAUUCAUAUUAGGAGCUGCAGUUUUUGCUGCAGUUCUUGUUGGGCUUAAAGCUACAAAGCGCAUCACAUUGUCCUGUAAUCGAGGUCCAGGUGUCAAAGUGGUCGUGAAAGAAGGCAGUGAUGCUCUUUUACCCUGUUUGAUCAGCACCAAGGAGAACAUCAUACGAGGAAUCUUUGACUGGAAGAAAGAUGGUCAGAAGAAGAAGGAGGUGUUCCUGUAUGAUGCAGGAAUUCAUUACAAUAACGGCCGUCAAGGUCAAGAUGAGCAGUUCAGAGGUCGAGUCUCACAUUUUCAAGAUCAACUGGAGUAUGGCAACGCCUCCAUAAAGAUCCAGAAUGUGAAGGUGACAGACAGCGGGAUCUACAGCUGUGAUUUUCCACGUCUUCAGCCGAGUCAGACCUUCUACACUGAGCUUGUUGUUGAACCGUUCCUGAGAGACCGAUCAGGAGAAACCACAGGUGCAUCAAAGCCCUUCACCACAAUACUUGAUGCCACAAAGGAUCGGUUUCUGCUGCAGUGUGAAGUUGGAGGAGCUUCUCCAGAACCUAAAGUGGAGUGGAAGGACAGCGCUGGAAACAUCCUUCCUGCUGAGGAGCCUCAGGUCUCAGAGAGCGGAGGACGUUACGACGUUACCGUCAAGACCAGUGUGACCAAGACUGGACGCUACCGCUGUGAAGUCACCCAGGAGGAAAUUAGCCAUCAGACUUUCACUGAGACUGUCGUGUUUAUCAGUGAGAAACUCUGUGAGGACCAAACCACCAGAGUGGCUGUUGGAUGGCUGUUUGGUGGAUUCAUAUUAGGAGCUGCAGUUUUUGCUGCAGUUCUUGUUGGGCUUAAAGCUACAAAGCGCAUCACAUUGUCCUGUAAUCGAGGUGCAGCUCCAGAACCAACUGCCACCUCUACUGAUAUAACAAAUGACAACCCACUGCUGCAGGUUGGAGGUACAGGUGACCAUCGGCAUCAAAACAGCUGAUAUAAUGCUCCUACAGAGACGCCACUCGUUUGACAGCUUUCUGUUGUAAAGGGGUGUGUGUCUGUGUGUGAGUGUGUGUGUGUGGUCAGUGUUUCCUUUCUCUCUAUUUACCGGUAAGUAUUUUACUGCAGCACCUUUUUUGCCAGAGAAAACCACUGUAAUAAAUAAUAAUGCCCUUUGUCCAAAUAAAACAUAUCGAAAUCAAAUGGCCACUGAGGCACUUAAAGAGUGAAUCUUAGGCAGAGUUGUGACAAAACAAUUUUCCAGUCAUUUUGGUUUUUUGCGGUUUAUUUUGCUUUGAGUGGCAAAGAAUUACCGUGUCACCCUGGUAAAAAGACAUUAACUCUUCUCAGCGCCUGCCUCCCUCCACCUGCCUCGUCAUAUACAUAUAGAUUCACCUGUGCCAGUGCCUUCAAAACAAAAGCCUUAUCAAAUAUUUAAAGUCACGGGAAAAAAAUGCUAUUAAUAUUGUAAUCAAACUAAUUAACUAAGAAAAUCAAUAAAUGUUGAAAUUCCAUUACAAAGCAAUGAAUUGCUCAAGCAAGCAAGUUUCGAGAGUACAUAGAUUUGUGACGUUUCAGGUGUUUGGAGUGUAUAGUUACUGUGUAAUAUAGUCAUUUAUCUGUUUCGUGUAUCAAAACAAUGAGGCAACUUCUGAAUGUGGAGACACUGGAGGAGCUGAGGCAGACCUGAGCCUGAGGCGCUGCCUGUACAUAACUUUGUUGUUUGCUAAGUUUUUACAUACGUAAGUACAAUUUAUUUUUGCAAGUUAUAAAAAUGGUUUGCUAAAGAUGUUUUCCAGUAAGAAAGCAAACUUGAUUCUACAUGGAUUUUAUGUUUUUGUGCGAUUUUAGGUCCAAUGUAUUAAUAGAGUUUGUCAAAAUUAAACAAUAACUGGAAAGUCACACUUUAAGGUUGCGCUGAAGAAAAUGAUACCAAACAAGGCAAGUUCAGCAGUUUUUAAGGUGAAAUGUAAAGGAAAAAUCAAAAGUAGUCAAAAACAGCCAGUUAUACCCUGGACCCCAGGCUAAAGUGUUCAUGUUGUAUGUUUUGUUUUUUGGGCUUUUUUUGUACAUUCUGUCAGACGCUGACAAAAGAUAAUUUUGUACAUUUGUAUCAAGCUUUGAACCACUGAUCCUCUCUAAAUGCUUAAAAGCAUGUAAACACGCGUUGUUUGGCAUUCAGGGUGACUGAUUGUCAUGUUUUUACCUGCACUAUUUAUCUUUCUUGUUUGAAUGUACAUAUAUAUCUUGUUAUACUCUGUAUAAGUGUUUUGAACAUCUGCUUUUUCAAAGAAAAAACUAAAACUAAUGAAUGAUACCACAAUAUUUGGCUGUUAACUUGCUGAGGAAAGAUCAGAUGUAGAUGAGUUUUUUUUACUUCGAGCUAUCAGCUAUUGUCUUUGGUACCUUGUUGUUUGCUGGUUGUAAUUAAUUCAGUUUUAUUUGCAACCAGUAUAUGAUUUGAUUAUGAGGUUGUUUGUCAUUAAGGUUAAAGAGAUUUUAUAUAAGUUGAAAAGAAGGGAAAAGCUAAUAAUUAAAAAAAAAACAAAAACAUGAAUCAUACUUGAAGCAGUUUCUGCAUCUCUAUAACACUAACUAAUGUCCUCUGCGUCUUUGAGCUUUUAAAUAAAGAUGUUAGAAUGCUCUACUAGUAAUACUUCAAUAUAAUCAACAUCACGUUUAAAUUCAACUCUUUGACUGCAUAUUUUCAGUUUGAAUUAAAUAAAGUUGAUUUUCUGCCUGAU